GUCCUUCUUGGCGUUAGUGGCUUCCUUGAAGUGGCUUAGUGGCGUCUGAAACCCCAUGGUUCAUGCUCCUUCCAGGUUCCUGCUCUCUUCACCGAUGACUUACAGAAUCCUUCUCUUAACAGCUGUGGCCUUGUGUCAUGGAUUCAAUCUGGACACUGAAAACACAGUGAACUUCCAAGAGAAUGCGAAGAGCUUUGGACAGAGUGUGGUCCAGUUUGAGGGAUCCCGGGUGGUGGUUGGAGCCCCCCAGGAGAUAAAGGCCCCUAACCAAACAGGUGGCCUCUACCAGUGUGACUCCAGCACGAGCAAGUGUGAGCCCAUCCAACUGCAGGUCCCUCCAGAAGCUGUGAACAUGUCCCUGGGCCUGUCCCUGGCAGCUACCACCAACCCCUCCCAGCUGCUGGCCUGUGGCCCCACCGUGCAUCAAACUUGCAAGGAGAACACAUAUGUGAAUGGCUUCUGCUUCCUGUUUGACUCCAACCUACGGAGGCAGCCCCAGAGGAUCCCAGAGACCCUCAGAGAGUGUCCUCGGCAGGACAGCGACAUCGCCUUCUUGAUUGAUGGCUCUGGUAGCAUCAAACCCACUGAAUUUCAGCAGAUGAAAGACUUUGUCUCCACUGUGAUGGAUCAAUUCGAGAAGCCCAAAACCUUGUUCUCUUUGAUGCAGUACUCUGAAGACUUCCGGACUCACUUCACCUUCAGUAAUUUCAAGGAGAACCCUAACCCGGCAUCGCUGGUGACGCCCAUCCGACAGCUGUUUGGGAGGACACACACCGCCACGGGAAUCCGCAAAGUAGUAAGAGAACUAUUUCACAGUGCCAGUGGAGCCCGGAAGAAUGCGCUAAAGAUCCUAGUUGUCAUCACAGAUGGACAAAAGUUUGACGAUCGCUUGGAAUAUGAGGAUGUCAUCCCUGAGGCAGACAGAGCGGGGGUCAUUCGCUAUGUCAUUGGGGUGGGAAAUGCCUUCAACAACGAAGAGUCUCGCCAGGAACUUAAUACCAUCGCAUCCAAGCCAUCCCGUGACCACGUUUUCCGGGUGAACAACUUUGAAGCUCUGAAGACCAUUCAAAACCAGCUUCAGGAAAAGAUCUUUGCAAUUGAGGGUACUCAGACAGGAAGUACCAGCUCCUUUGAGUAUGAGAUGUCUCAGGAAGGCUUCAGUGCUGUCAUCACCUCUAAUGGUCCCUUGCUGGGCACUGUGGGGAGCUUUGACUGGGCUGGUGGAGCCUUUCUGCAUACAUCAAAAGAUAAAGCUGUCUUCAUCAACACUACCAGGGUGGAUUCAGACAUGAAUGAUGCUUAUUUGGGUUACGCUGCUGCCAUCAUCUUGCGAAACCGAGCGCAAAACCUGGUUCUGGGGGCACCUCGAUAUCAGCACACGGGCAUGGUGAUGAUGUUCAGACAGAACGCUGGCAUCUGGGAAACCAACGUGAAUGUCAAGGGCAGCCAGAUUGGCUCCUACUUUGGGGCUUCCCUCUGCUCUGUGGAUGUGGAUGAAAAUGGCAGCACUGACCUGGUCCUGAUUGGAGCCCCUCAUUACUAUGAGCAGACAAGAGGGGGCCAGGUGUCCGUGUGUCCGUUGCCGAAGGGGAGAGCUCAGUGGCAGUGUGAAGCUAUUCUCCGCGGGGAGCAGGGCCACCCCUGGGCCCGCUUUGGGGCAGCCCUCACUGUGCUGGGGGAUGUGAACGGGGACAAGCUGACAGACGUGGCUAUCGGAGCCCCAGGAGAGCAAGAAAACCAGGGUGCCGUCUACAUUUUUCAUGGAACCUCAGGAUUUAGAAUCAGUUCCUCCCACAGCCAGCGCAUUGCAGGCUCCCAGCUAACCCUUGGGCUCCAGUACUUCGGUCAGUCAUUGAGCGGGGGCCGGGACCUCACGAUGGAUGGACUGGCGGACCUGGCUGUGGGGGCUCAAGGGCGUAUAGUACUGCUCAGGUCCCAGCCAGUACUAAGAGUUGAUGUGACCAUGGACUUUACACCCAGACAAGUGGCAAGAAAUGUGUUUGAGUGUAGUGAACAGGUGGUGAGAAACCAGGCUGCUGGGGAGGUCAGAGUCUGCCUCCGUGUCCGCAAGAGCACGCGGGAUCGUCUCAGAGAAGGAGACAUCCAGAGCACAGUCACGUACGAUCUGGCUCUGGACUAUGGCCGUUCUAAUCCCCGUGCCAUCUUUGAUGAGACAAAGAACAACACCCGCAGACGAACAGAGAUCUUGGGGCUGACACAGAAGUGUGAGACCCUGCAGCUACAGUUACCGGAUUGUGUUGAAGAGUCCGUGAGCCCCAUUGUCCUGCGCCUCAACUUCUCCCUGGUGGGGAAUUCCUUGCCUUCUUUGGGGAAUCUUCGGCCGGUGCUGGCUGUGGAUGCUCAGAGACACUUCACAGCUUUGUUUCCCUUUGAGAAGAACUGUGGCAGUGACAGCAUCUGCCAGGAUGACCUCAGCAUCACCUUCAGCUUCAUGAACUUGGAUGCCCUAGUGGUGGGUGGUCCUCGAGACUUCAAUGUGACGCUGACUGUGAGAAAUGACGGCGAGGACUCCUACGGGACUCAGGUCACCUUCUUCCACCCGCCAGGCUUGUCCUUUCGGAGGGUGUCAGGGAUCCAGAACCAGCGUUCACAGCGAUCCUGGCGCCUGCCCUGCGAAUCUGUCUCCUCCACUGAAGGGCUUGGAGCCUUGAAGAGCACCAGAUGCAGCGUAAACCAUCCCAUCUUUCCAGACAACUCAGAGGUCACUGCUAAUGUCACAUUUGAUGUGGACCCUACUGCUUCUCUUGGAAACAAACUGCUCCUCAAGGCCAACGUGACCAGUGAGAACAACAUGCCCAGGACCAACAAAAGUGAAUUCCAACUGGAGCUGCCCGUGAAAUACGCUGUCUACAUGGUGGUCACCAGCCAAGAGUUCUCUACCAAAUAUCUCAACUUCACUGCUUCAGAGAAGGCGAGUAAGGUUAUGCAGCAUCACUACCAGUUCAACAACCUGGGGCAGAGGAGCCUCCCCAUCAGCGUGGUCUUCUGGGUUCCAAUCCGGCUGAGACAGGAGACCAUAUGGGAUCGCCCCCAGAUCACCUUCUUCCCGGACCUCUCGCAUAGGUGCCACUCUGAGGAGAGGGCCCCCCCUCACUCUGACUUCCUGGCUGAGCUUACGAAGACUCCAGUGGUGAACUGCUCCAUUGCUGUGUGCCAUAGAAUCCAGUGUGACAUCCCGCUCUUCACCAUCCAGGACGAAUUCAACGUCUCCCUCACAGGCAACCUCUCGUUCGACUGGUAUAUCCAGACUUCGCAUAACCACCUCCUGGUUGUGAGCACAGCAGAGAUCUUGUUCAACAACGCGAUGUUUGCCGUGCUUCCAGGACAAGGGGCAUUUGUGAGGGCUCAGACGGAGACCAAAGUGGAACCAUAUGAAGUGCACAACCCCCUGCCGCUCAUCGUGGGCAGCUCCAUCGGGGGGCUGGUGCUGCUGGCUCUCAUCACGGCUGGACUGUACAAGCUUGGCUUCUUCAAACGGCAAUACAAGGAUAUGAUGAGUGAAGCUGGUCCCCAAGCGGAACCACCCCAGUAAUGGCUCCUUCUCCACCCCAGAGUGCCUCUUCUGCAGCAAGCAGGACUUUGGUCAAACCAACAUGCGGGUCCCCAGGCUGCUGGACAGACUUGUUCACUAGGGGAACUGGAGCUCCACUGUCUCACUGUGGAGAGUCAGGCUUGGGCUUCCAUUUGUGUGUGUGUGUGUGUGUGUGUGUGCGUGCGUGAGUCUGUGUGAGCUGUGCGUGUGACUCAGACGCUCGUCUCAGGCAUAGGGAGUUGUUUGGGCGUCUCGUGUGUGGGUGAAGAUGCUGUCGGGCCUUCCUCCAGGAGAGAUGAUAGCAGCUCUCGUGGUCGAACAUAAAGGGAUGUGCAGCAGAUCCUCUCCCUUCGUGGGCCAGCAUACAGACUCCAGGAACCUGUGUCGCUGGGCCUCGGGCUCCAUGGAGAAGCUAUGGGUGGAGCCAGGAGCUCAUCAGCCACCUGCACCCUGCUGACUCCCAUUCCACACUAGAACGGACGGGCCCAAUAAAGAUGUCCGAUGAGGAACGCCAUACCUCCCUCCAUCUGUUCAUUUAUUAAUGUUACUUUUAUUUUUGGAAUUGAUAAACCUGUCCAGAGUACAAAACUCAAAAGGCAUUCCAGGGGUAUGGUGAAAAGUCUCCUUCACCAGUUAGUCAAGCUCCCUCUUAGGGGAAGUCAACAUGAUGCCUUUUGGGGUCUCCUUCAGAAAGAUGGUAGGCAUGUACAAACGCACACACGCACACAAACUUCUCUCACAAACUGUUGCAUACGCUAUACUGUUCAGUGUCUCAGGCUUCCCCUUACUACGCUCGGACAUCGCGAUACAGAUGCCUUCUUCGGUCUUUUAUACAGCGGCAGAGGAUUCCGUCGUGCGGAUGUAUCCUAAGGUGGUUAGCUAGUCUCCUUUUGGUGUAGGAUUUCCAACCUCUUGCUAUUACAAAUAAUGUUGAAUUAAUAAAUUGAAGAGAGAUUGUUUUUG